AUGUCUGACUUUGAGAAUCCGCAAAGCCCUCCAGCGAAGUCCGUACCAAGUCUAUCCCCAUACGACCAGCGCAACCCCAGCUACUGGAUCCCCCGCUCUGGCGCCGCUCCGCCGGACAACAGCUUUUACCGAAACGCAACAAAGAAGGGCGUCCCAUCCACCCCAACUUUCGCAGUUGCAACCUUCCUACGCGGAUUUGACAUAGUACAAGGAGAGUUUUACAAACUCCGCGACCGCGCAAUUGGGCUUCUCCACGAACAUGACCUACUCCACACCGACCUGACCGGAUAUGGAGGAGCCCUUAACCUGGAUCAGGCUAUGAAAGACAUGAUGACACAUGAUGUGCUCGCAUCUAAGAUGCAUAUACCUGUCGCUUGGAGCAGGCAAAUGCUUCUCGGUUUGUUUGGAUAUGCGCAAAAGUGGUGGACUGACAGUCUUCUGAAGCAACCUAACAUGGCUGUUGGAUCAGACUAUCACUCUCUUGUGAACGCUUAUACCGACGUUCGACUUGUGCUCGAGAAAGACUAUUCAUAUCCCAAAUUCGAUGGAUAUUACCAGUUCCAACACUGGGCUGUGACUCUAUGGUACCGAAAUGAUGACGCCAAUCCUGCCGCCAGUACUCGACUUAGGGAUUUCAGUCUCCGAACCUUAAUGAACGGAUACGACACAGACACCAAGCCUACACCGACAGACAUGAACCUGGAAGAUAUAUCUUUCCAGUUGCUGAAGCUGAAACUCGGCAAGUUCAAAGCCAUCCGCGACAAAGGCCAAGAUGCAUCAGCAUACAUCGACGAAUUGGGAAUCUGCUAUGAAAUCAAAGACGAGGAUAGACUUGAUGUCAUAUACGACGACGAAACGUUCCAAUCAGCCAUCAUCGCAAUGAACACCCGGGAUGCCCUCAGCUUUGCCCGACAGCCAGAGCAGCGAUACACCAAACAAGAAGAGAAAGGCAACUUCACAGACACUUACACCAAGAAAGACGCAGAAGCAUAG